AUUUUCCUCCUCCAAGCUGCGCUGGAGAGACUUUCCUGUGCGUCACGAGGAAUUAAAGUAACUUUACUGGAGCAAUGCGGGAGCCGAAAACCAGCAUCUCUUCGGAUACAGACCCCUGAAACCCCCACAAACUCCACUCAUGGCCACCGCCUGGCCACCCGCCACACAGAGCACUUUAUAAGAGAGAAAUCUACCGAAAUCACGGGACGAGAGCCUCAUAUAACGAGCAACUCGCUUUUUGAUCCAGAUGGCGGGACACGAGUGGGAUGAUUGGUUUGAACGGGAGGAAUUGAUAGGGCAGAUCAGCGACAUCCGAGUGCAGAAUCUGCAAGUUGAGAGGGAGGUGGUGCAGAAAAGGACAUUCACAAGAUGGAUGAAUCUACAUCUAGAGAAGUGUAACCCUCGUUUGGAGGUGCGGGAUCUGUUUCGUGAUAUCCAGGACGGGAAGCUUCUGAUGGCUUUACUUGAAGAACUCUCAGGAUGCAAACUGCUGCAUGGGUUUAAGCCAUCCUCGCAUCGUAUUUUUAGGCUCAAUAACAUCGCCAAGGUAUUGACAUUUCUGGAAGAAAGAAACGUGAAAUUAGUCAGCAUCGACGCAACGGAUAUCGCAGAUGGCAACCCAUCCAUUGUGCUUGGGCUUAUCUGGAAUAUCAUACUGUUUUUCCAGAUCAAGGAACUCACAGGGAACAUUAAGAGCCAGUUCCCCUCCUCCUCCAGCCUGUCCUCCAUACCCACAAGCUCUGAUUCGGACACUUCGCAUUCCAGCACACCCUCAGAUGAGAGAAAGCCCACCAUUGCACCAAGAGGUCAUGGGAAGGCAAUCAAGACCCUCUUGCACUGGGUCCAGAGACGAACUAGAAAAUAUGGAGUUGCAGUACAGAACUUUGGAAAGAGCUGGACAAGUGGUCUGGCUUUCCUUGCUGUGAUAAAGUCCAUUGACCCCAGUCUGGUGGAUAUGAGGAGGGCUUUGCUCCGAACGGCCAGAGAGAACAUUGAGGAAGCAUUUAGAACAGCACACUACAGUCUUGGCAUCCCGAGACUCCUAGAACCUGAGGAUGUGAUGUUGAAUCCCCCUGAUGAACAGUCCAUAAUGACCUAUGUGUCCCAGUUUUUGGAGCACUUUCCUGGAAUUGAGGAGGAUGAAACGUCAGAUAUUCUGGAAAGAAGUAAAGCCAGUGCUCGUAUGAACGAACCUCCUGUUCGGAAUGGGGUUCAGAGAAAACGGGAGUCUUAUAUGGUCAAGAGAGACUUGGUUCAGCCACCACCCAAGAUCUUCAUCUCCUCGGUGUCUGAAGAUCGUGAGCAGAUCACCUCUCCAGUCCUAUCACAGACCCCUGAGGACAGACCGUGGACCAGUGAAAUGUCAUCAGUGGGUUCAAGUCCCAGUCCUGCAAACGACAAGCCCCUUUAUCACUCAUUGGACUUGAAUAAAGACGUGUCCACCACAAGCACUCCGCAACCUUCGUUCUCGGAUUCUGCGGUCAACUCGCCAGACUCGUGGAGUGAAGUACUUAGCGAGACUACUAACUCUAACCGGAUCAAUGAGGAUCCCGUAUGCGAGAGCAGUACGGCUGGUACUGUUGAAGUGACCUCAGAUUUAGGGUCACCAUUUUCACCAGAGAGCAUGCCGGAGAAUCAUUCGGAAUGUGAGCUUUUCAUAGAUGAGGGAAACUAUUCCCUCGGCUCCAUGGAUAGUUUACAUGCCAAAUCCAAUGCGCCAUCUGAGGAGGACAAUGCUUACAAAUAUAUCUUAGAUCUGAAAGAAGAACAAUCUGCUUAUUAUUCGCCCAGCGACAACAUGAGGAAUAAAUCAGAUACAGGAUGUUUAGAACAAGCCGAAACCAAUCCUUUGGAGCACCAAGAACCAGUCAAGCCGUCUUUUAAUGAUCCUUCAUGUUUGGAAAGUGACUCAGGAUACUUUCAGGAUAACAAGGAAGCAAUGCCAGCUCAAUCUAAGGAUGAGAGACCACUUACUUCCACUGUUGAUGAAGAAGUGAGUGGAAAUCUGGAAUCUGAAUCUUUUCAGGACAAUGUAGAGUCUUCCAAUACAGACGCUUUGCAGAGGAGUGCUUUUGAAUUGACAGAUGGACCUGAGAAGAAGCCUUUCAUGACUGAGUAUGACAGUGAGCCGGAAUGUCCAGUUUUGCAGUUUGAGAGGGUUUCUAUAUCAGGAAGUGAGGAGGAUAUUAAACUGUGCACUGAUCUGGCUGAAGAACCAACAGAGGAACCAGGCAAAAAGGAUCUUGAAAAUGGCCAUUCUGAAACCAUGAAUGAUUGUAGUGACCUCCAUAAUGGGGAACAAGUAAGUGUUUCAGGAAUUGAGGUAAAGGGUGUGAUAUUUGACAACCUGGAAGAACCUGUCUCAGACCAGAGCCAAACAGAAGUUGAGGUUCCUAAUGAAGAUCAGGUGUGUUAUAUGUGUGGAUGUUCGGUUGCGAAGAGCUCGACUGAAUCAAGCGAACAGGGUGACAAUUGUCUGUCCCAUUUAAACUCAACUGAGAGGAACUGUAAUUCAGACUCGAGACAUUUCAGUAAAUCAGAAGCAGGUGGAAACUUUGAGGACAAUCCAAGGGAACAGAACAAUGAAUUAAACGGAUCUGUAAGGGAUCUCAAGAAUGAGACAAGAGAGAGUAAAGGUAUUCAUGAAGAUCUGCUUAUUAUAGGCAAGAGCAACAUGGAAAGUGGGUCAGACGGCAUAAGGAGGACUGAGUUUUCCCACAAUACAAAUGGUGAAAGCCAAGCUCAGGUUUCAGACAAUAUGAAGCCUGGAGGGCCCAAGGAUAACAGGCCUGUAUCAGUAGUAGAUUCUCACUAUGGCGUUCUGAAAUCUGUCACUGUGGUGCCUCUUUCUGACCACGAUGGAGGAGACAGCUCUUCAUCAACCCAGAGAAAGCAUCUAGAAGUUUCCAGCUUUGAGUCACCAAUUGAAGCGGAAACCACCUGUGAGGACUCAGAGCCCGUUAUUGGUGUCCGUGGGUACCUUGAAAGACAUCCAGCGGAGCUACGUCUGUCUCUUAGCAUGACUCCGCUUCAGCCGGCACCUCCUAAACGUUCACUUACCGAAUCGGAUACGGACACCGAAGACACUUCAGAGGAACAUGGCAAGGGAUUUAAGUCGAGAAAGGACAGAGUGGGAUCUUUGCAUCUCCAGGAGCAAAGCCUGUUUGACAGACACCCGGGAGAAUGGGGUGCGGUGGAGCCUGAUUCACCAGCUGAGCAUUGUGAGCUCAUUAAGACAGAUGAGGACCUGACCAGCGCUGGUGCCAGAGAAAACACUGGGGCUCUGAGGGACGAAGUGGUGACGGAUGCAAGCCAACCUUUGACUACUAUACAGUUGAGAAGGGUCGUUGACACCAGCGAAUCAAAGGGACAAAAUGGGAAAGCCUUAGACCGCAGCAAAAUGGACACUACCAUCAUAAAUAAAAGCUUGGAGAGCAAGACUGCUGCGAGUCAUGAAAGCACUUAUGACACAACCUUGUCCGACCUUGUGUACAUCCUCUUGGCUGCUUGGCUCUUCGUGUACUGCCUUCUUGUCCUGCCUCAGAUUGACUUAAGGAUGCUUCCUAAACUCCUCUUCAACAUAGAUGAAUGACUGCAAUAUUAUUAUACAACAGAAUUGAUGCUCACACCUACAACUCAGAUCAAGUUCUUAUAGAUCAGCUUCCGUUUUUUUUUAUUUUUUUAUUUUUAUUGCAGGUUAACAAAACAGUAACACAUACCAGGUAAGAUUCAGUGAGACACAUCUACAAUACAGAAGUAGGAAAGGGGAAUCACCCCCAAAAAAUUUUAAGUACAGACAUUCUGAUAAAGCAUUCCCUAUUGUGCUGUAUGGAAGAUGAGGGUGAGUAAAUUAUGACAGAUGGGGUUUUAAUUUUUUUUAAAUGAACUAUCCCUUUGACAUGAAUCAGGACCCGUGACCCAAAUGUUUAAUGAGCAAAUAAAACGGAUUGGAAAAUUGGCCAUAUCAAUCAGCUUUGUUGCCUUUUAUAUUUCCAUUCACAUCUGCACACAAAGAAAAAACAAAAUAUGUAUAGUUUUUUUUUUUGGUUGCAGGUUUUUUGUAAUCAAACAGACACUAUUACAGGUCCACGUGCAACACAGUUACACAAUAGAUUAUUUAUAACGCUUCAGAAGAACGUGCUUUUUGAUCUUUUAUGUUGUUUGUACGUACACUAUAUGAAGAAAAGGCAUCUGUGCAACUGUUUGUAUAAAAUAAGCGAAGGUUUUUGGUAUGCUUUAAAGCUGUUUUUGAAUGUAUCUUUUGAAAAACGUGAUCGCAUUACAUAGACCCCUUUAUUUUUUUUGCAUUAUUUUUAGUAAACAAUGAAGUCUUUCAGCACAACUAAAUGAUUAUGUUCCACCAACGUUUAUAUUUAUACAUCACAUAUGGCUCUGUAAGUUAAGAGACACUUGUAAGGUGUCAACAGCACUUUUUAAAACUCAAGACAAGAACUGCCAAAGAUUCAGUAAAAGAAACCUAUUCCCAACACAGUGAACAAAUUAUGAAUUUGCCUAUUCUUUUAAUAAUAAAUC